AUGUUUACAAUUACAACAAUUACACAUCCCACGGUAGAUACGAAACAUCCACUCCUCCUAUUGCAAUCAGAGCAUGGUGAUCGGUUUCUGUUUGGUAAAAUACCUGAAGGCACACAGCGCACCUUCCCUGAAACAAAGACAAGGUUGGCUAAGUUGGAAAAUAUCUUCCUAACAGGUGAACUAGAUUGGAGCUCUAUUGGUGGCUUACCUGGCAUGAUUUUAACUUUGGCAGAUCAAGGCGUUAAAAAAAUGGACCUAUAUUAUGGAAAUGAUAUUCUGGCUUAUGUUGUAUCUACUUGGCGCUAUUUUGUCUUCAGAUUUGGAAUCAAUUUGAAAGCAUUAACGGUCAAGAAUGAACAGGUGUUCAAAAAUAAACUGAUGACGGUAAAGUCAAUAGUUGUUUCUGCACCAGACUCAUACGAUCAACCUUUUACGCCCAAAGUCUUGGAUGGAUUCAAAACUCUGAUAUCAGCAAUGUUUCCUCAUCACGAGCCAACCUCAAAACAUGACCCCUCGUCUGAUCCUAACGUUAACGUGGAGAUUCCUAAGCCAUCCGUCAUUCCCCGUGAGACUACCAGUUAUGAGGUUGAAUUUAAUCCCAUUAGAGGUAGAUUUAGAGUUGAUGAAGCCAUCAAGCUAGGAGUUCCCAAAGGGCCACUGUUCGCUCAACUAACGCAAGGCCGCAGCGUAGUCCUUGAUGACGGUUCAGUGAUUAGUCCUGAUCAGGUACUCGAAAAACAGAGAAGAUUUGCGAAAGUUUUAAUACUAGAUGUACCAGGAAAUGAAUAUCUAGUGAGCUUCAAGGAGAAAUUCAGAAACUAUGACAAAACGUACCUGGGAGCGGUGUACUUCUUCUUAGGAGAGGCCGUAGAGAUUAAUCAAGAAAUAAUCUCCUUCAUGGAAACUUUCCGAGGCGAGAAUGUUCAGUUUUUUGUUUCUCAUAACCGAAUAUGUCCAAACUCAAUUGUUUUCAAAAGUUCCGCCAUAACAACUUUGAAGCUUAAAGCCGUUCAAAGCUUUAAUUAUAAUUUGCCACGUUCUGGAAGAGUUUACUCAAAAGAUUUUUGUGAUUGUUUUGACAUUCCUCUUCCAAAAGGAACAUCUGUAAUUCAAGAAAACGAACAAAGCCUGGUCACAAAACUUGACAAGAAUAAUGUCCAUGUUCUAUUACAGCAAAAUUCUCUUUUUAUUGAGCCCUUUACUGAAGGUGAAGAGGUGAUAAAAGCCAGAGUGGAGAAUAAUUUCGACGAAAUACCAUCUUGGGAAACUCUAUUUAACAAUCAUGUCAUUCCUCUUAAGAUCCCGAACGCAACAUUCCAGUCCACUGUUCAUGAUCAGCUUGGCAUAAACAACUUCAAUAACUUGACAAAACGAGGGAAAGUUGAGAUUGUAACAUUCGGCACGGGAAGUGCACUACCAUCUAAAUACAGAAAUGUCAUCUCAACUCUAGUCAAGAUUCCGUACAACAUGAAUGGAAAAGUAAUAAAUCGCAGCAUUCUCUUGGAUGCUGGUGAAAAUACUCUGGGUGCGAUACUUCGAAGCAUACCUGACAUUGAUAUUCCUUCAGUUUUCCAUGACUUGAAGUUAAUUUUUCUCAGUCAUUUGCACGCUGAUCAUCAUUUGGGCAUUGUCAGCAUUUUAAAAGAAUGGUACAAACACAAUAAAUCAAACCCAGAGGCAUACUUGUAUUUAAUUACGCCCUGGCAAUAUCAGUCUUUUGUUAGAGAAUGGUUUACCUUGGAGGACGCUGAAAUUAUCGGAAGAAUUCGAUAUAUAAGCUGUGAACAUUUAAUAAGUGGUUCUUACGUCAGGAAAGAGAUUCGUUCCAAUUCAUUUGAUGACCUCUUGAAUCAUCAUAACCCCACCACAAAAAAGAGACGUUUUGAACUUGAUGAAAGGUCCUCAUUUAGAGAUCUGGAAACCAUUAAAACGUUGUAUCGAGAUUUGAAAAUAAAGGUCUUCCAAACGUGCCGUGCCAAACACUGUGAUUGGGCAUAUUCAGGUUCAUUAUCGUUUUUCAUGAAUUCGAAUUCUCAAGAAAUAUUCAAAGUCUCUUACUCUGGAGAUACUAGGCCAAACAUUGAAAAGUUUGCCAAUGGAAUCGGUUAUCGGUCGCAUCUAUUAAUUCAUGAGGCAACAUUGGAUAAUGAUUUGAUGGAAGAUGCAAUCAAAAAAAGGCAUUGCACCAUAAAUGAAGCUAUCUCUGUGUCAAAUGCGAUGGAAGCUGAAAAGUUAAUCCUUACUCAUUUCUCCCAACGCUACCCGAAACUACCGCAAAUGGAUAACAACCUUAAAAUCACAGCAAAUGAAUAUUGUUUUGCGUUUGACGGUAUGAUUGUAGACUUCGAAAAGCUUGGUGAGCAAUCACCCAAAUUUUCCCUCCUCAAUAGGGCAUUUGUCGACGAGAAAAAUUCCUUUGAGAAGGAGGAAAAGGAAAAUAACUCUGUGUAA